AUGGAUCCAUUUAAGGAGGUGGAAGAGGACUGCUGGUCCCAGAUACACUCGUUGGAGAGUUUUAUCGGCCGUGUCAAAUUCAUAAACGAAGAUGCUAAACUAGAUUUCCAGAAUAACUACCAGGAAUUGGCGGAAACAUUAGAGGACUUGAAGCAAGCAGUCCAGAUAUCGGAAUCCAACCCUUCACAAUUUAAUUUAAACUCCUCUGAUAUAGUUGGCAGAAAGCAGAUUUUGGGCCAAUUACUGCUGAAGAUAGCAAGUCUUGAAAAUGAGUGGAACGAGAGAGUCAGAAACCCUCAGAGGCAGCGGGAAGUCACCACAAUGUCCAACAGAAUCAGCCAGGACGACGACAGAGAUAGCCCGUUCAGCGACAGCCAACGCAUCGAUAGAGAAUUCAACCUGUUUCAGCAGCAAGAGCAGAUUCAGGACCAAGAUUUACAGUUGGAUCUGAUCCACGAAACCAUGCGUAAUCUCAACCAGCAGGCACAGCUCAUGGGCGGUGAGCUUGAAGAUCAGGGCUUCAUGCUUGAUGAGUUGGACCAAGACAUGGAUACUGUGGGCAACAAGCUUCAAAGAGGUUUAAAACGUGUGAACUACGUGAUUGAGAAGAAUAGAGAAACCGCCAGCAACUGCUGCAUAGGCGUGUUGAUGGUUGUCCUCGUCAUUUUGCUUCUUGUUCUUACUUUAGCGUGA